AUGCGCUCACAGACGCUUUGGCGAACUGUCGUGGGUCUCAUGUACUACCUCCCCGCUCUGGAAUGCUUCCAUCAGAUGGUCAAGGAACGGAACAAAGACUCUGCCAUGGCCCCCGUGUGGGAUCCAACUGAGGUGUUCACUUGCAUGGUUUCGAUGCAGAUGUACGCGUUCUUCGAGGAUGUGCAGUACGAGCAUACAGAGAUCCUGCUUCGGAAAUUCCCAAGGAGUUUCCAGAUAGCCUUCAUUGACCACGAGGGCAAAGGAGAAGCUGCUGUCCUGGACUGUAUCCACCCAAAGCAGCAGAGACGCUACUACAGCUGCCUGAUUGAUGAGAGCUGUGCUAUGGAGGCCGAGAAUCCGAAACGACGGAAGCCGCGCUUGAAGAUCGAGCUGCCAGGCUUCCCAAUACUUGGGGAUGGGAAGGGCGACAAUCAGAACCACGCGAUCGUUUUUUCACGUGGGUCGAUCAUCCAGGCCAUCGAUGCCAACCAGGGUGGAUAUUUCGAGCAAAUGCUGCUGCUUCCCUGUGCGCUGGGGGAGUUCCGCAGGCGUGACCGCAAGAUGGGAGGUCUUGAGCCGCGGAUCGUGGGCUUCGCAGAGCACAUCACAAGUGACAUCGGUUCACUCGGUGACUUCGCGGCUGGUGCUGAGACUGCCUUCGGCACUGUGCUGCAACGAUCCUACGCUCUUCUGGGAGCGCGCAUGCACUACGGACAUCCAGACAUGAUGAACAAGGAGGUCAUGAUCCAGCAGGGUGGCAUCUCGAAAGCCACGAAGACGGUCAACUUGUCCGAGGACAUAUUUGCCGGGAUGGACCUCACACUGCGCGGCAAUGGACGUAACAUUGUCCACCGUGAGUACCUGCAUGUGGCCAAGGGCAGAGACCUAGGCUUCAACACAAUUCUCACCUUCUUCUCCAAGCUUUCGGCCGGCACGGGCGAGCAGAUGCUGACCCGGCAGAUGGCACGGCUGGGGAAUGAGCUG